UUACACAAAUUCGAGAAGCACGACAUGAUUUUACUUUGGUCCAGCUCAUUUUUGGAGUUUGUGUAAAAUGACAAUGAUUUCAUCCCCCCCUGUUUUCUUUUGUGUUUUUUAAUUGCAUGCAAAAUAAAUGAAGACAUUACAACCACAGCAUUUGUAAUUGCAGUCAAUGUGGUACACACAAGUACACCGGAGAGAAGUUGAGUCAACUUUAAUCCAAUUUAACUGGCUGCAAGUGUGAUUUUGUUAUUGCCACAACCUGUUAUAUGCUACAGAAUUGCAGGGGUGCCAGUACUUUUGGCCAGCAGUGUAGGUGCUGACAUUGAUGAAAAUGCCUGGCAUUGAAUGAGUUAAAUCUGUAUUUGAGCGCUUAGGAGUAUGACGUCAGCCACGCUACAUGGCGUUCCCAGCAUUUUUGAGGUUGGAGGACUCUCCUGGAUACCAUUUGACAGGCCCCUGAACGACGUCAGUCUACGAUAUGGCCGGGGCAUUUCCUGGCGACCUGUCCCCGGCCGUUCGCCUGUAAAACACGGGACACUUUCUUUUAGGGCAGCUGGAACGUUAUUGGACGCUCUACUUCCUCAAGCUAACGCUACACAACGCCUAGCUUCUACGCAAGCAGUGCUGAGUACGUGGCUUUUCAAUGUUAGCAUUCCCCCCUUGCCAUAACUCAUUUUCAUCUAUACUUUCGCAUUGACUUGUUAUUCAACUAAGCAGUGUCUUUCGUUUGAGGUUUUGCGGGCAAGUCAGGUUUCAGGUUAGCUUUCAUUGCUUUCCAUUGUUUAUAUAGCGAGCAUCUUAACGACCCCGUUCACGUGGUGUGAACAUGACUAAAUCCAGCUCACACGUCACUCUGGGAUGGGAGCAAAACGACGUGCACUGAUGUUAUAGCCAAAUGUAUUCCGUCAAAUUCACGUAAAUGGAUAUGUGUUGGAUUCCGGUCUUCCUUAUCAUCGGUCUUGUUGACUGGGUAAGAUGUCAAGAGAACCAACACAUGACAGCAGAGGAGAAGAAUACUAUCAGGGAUCGAGUUGUUGAGAUGUUCGAUCAUGCCUAUGGCAGUUACAUGAAAUAUGCUUAUCCAGCCGAUGAGUUGAUGCCUCUUAGCUGCAGGGGGAGAGUACGAGGCAAGGAGCCUAACCGAGGCGACAUCGACGACUCAUUGGGGAAGUUUUCACUUACACUAAUUGACACACUUGAUACCCUGGUGGUGUUAAAUAAACUGGAUGAGUUUGAAGACGGCGUGAAAAAAAUACUUCACGACGUACGCCUGGACAAUGAUGUGGUGGUGUCAGUGUUUGAGACCAACAUCAGAGUUUUGGGGGGGCUUUUGGGGGCCCAUGUGAUGGCUGACCUCCUCCGCCAGCGCGGGGGGAGGAUGCAGUGGUAUGAAGAUGAGCUCCUCAACAUGGCUACAGAGCUUGGCCAUAGGUUACUGCCUGCCUUCAACACUUCAAGUGGCCUUCCUUACCCCAAGGUGAAUCUGCGUUAUGGAGUGCAAAACCCACUUUCACGUACAGGGACUGAGUCGGACACCUGUACAGCUUGUGCAGGAACAAUGAUCCUGGAGUUUGCAGCGCUGAGCAGACUGUCAGGAGAGUCUGUGUUUGAGGAAUAUGCACGGAGAACCCUGGAUGUACUCUGGGAGAGGCGACAGAAAGGAAGUGACCUAGUGGGGACUGUCAUCAAUAUUCAUAAUGGAGAGUGGAUCAGACGGGACAGUGGAGUUGGUGCUGGCAUCGACUCAUACUACGAAUAUUUAAUGAAGGCCUACAUUCUUCUGGGAGACAACGUCUUUCUGGAGAGGUUCAACAUUCACUACAGUGCCAUUAUGAAGUACAUAAGUCAUCCUCCCCUCCUGCUUAACGUGCAUAUGCACAAUCCUACUGUAAGCUCACGGAGCUGGAUGGACUCUCUGCUGGCAUUUUUCCCUGGCCUACAGGUCUUGAGAGGAGAUCUGAAACCAGCCAUUGAAACUCAUGAGAUGCUAUACCAAGUCACCAAACAGCACAAGUUUCUUCCAGAGGCUUUUACCACAGAAUUUCGAGUUCAUUGGGGCCAGCACCUCCUGAGACCAGAGUUUGCAGAAAGUACCUACUACCUCCAUAAGGCCACUGGUGACCCGUACUACCUCAGAGUGGGCCAGUCAAUUGUGGAAAAACUCGAUGCUUAUGCCCGAGUCCCUUGUGGGUUUGCUGCUGUGCAAGAUGUUCGCACGGGGACGCAUGAAGACAGGAUGGACUCAUUCUUUCUGGCAGAGAUGUUCAAAUACUUGUACCUGCUGUUCACGGAGAAGACGCAGCUACCCAUUGAUAUUGACGACUACAUCUUUACCACAGAGGCACAUCUUCUCCCUGUGUCUCUCUCCACCACGCAGCCAACAUGUCAAGGAAACAAAACGGAAACACGUGCUGUUGCCCAUGAUGAGAAUCUGUUCACACACACCUGCCCAAGUAUGGACACAUUGUUCCCAAACAACCCUUCAUUUGCUAAAAGCAUUCGGGACAGCUAUAAGUACCUGACGGGUGUGGGGCGAGCUGUCCACCCUUCUCCUAUCAGAGAAAUUGAAUUGCCACUUCAUGAAAGUGGCAUUGAACCAGUGGAAUUCCUUAAAAGUAUGGGCAUUUCUCUCCCUCCAGUCUACGAUUUCAGCACCGGAGAAACCAGGGAACACAAGUACCGUGUGAAACUUGUGGCUGAGGUGAGACAAACACUCGAUGAGGAGGAAGUGGUGCCUCAUGUGGUGCAGCUUAUAUCUCCUCCAUUUUUGGGGAGGACCGUGCUUACUGCUGGCCCUGCCAAGUUUGGAAUGGACCUGACUAAGCGAGAGCACGGCGUCAAGGGCAGCAUAGUAAAAGCCUACCCUUACAUGGCAUGUGGGCCACUAGAAAAUGCAGCCGAGCUGAAAGGCCACAUCGCCUUGGCACUGCGUGGCGACUGCAUGUUUGCAACAAAAGCCCGCUGGCUCCAGGAGGCUGGCGCCAUAGGAGUCAUUUUCAUUGACCACCGCGAGGGAAGCAAUAGUGAGGAGACGCCACUCUUCCAAAUGGUCGGCGACGGUCACUCCCCCGACGACAUCGCCUUGCCCUUGGUCUUCGUUUUUAGCCGCGAGGGUAGCGUGCUUACCGAUGCCCUGGAGAAACAUCACAAUGUAGACGUCCUACUUCUGCCUAAAGAGCGGCAGCUGGGACAUGGUAAGACAGAACAACCAGUUAUCAAUAUUAAACUUCGACUUUCUGACGAUGAGGACUUCAUGGAGGAGGAGGAAUCCAGUGGACCUGCUCUGAAGGUGUUUCAUGAUGGAAGCGAAGAUCUUAAAUGAGACAUUGCAUGACAGUGUGGUGGAAUGAGCCUUGCACAUUCAUGUCUAAAAUCACAAACCAUAAGGCCGAAGCCCUUGCUUACUGGAGCGUCAGACAGAGGAUAGGCACCCGCUAACAGUGAUGGUGAAAAUGGAGCUUUAAUCCUCUGUUUUGAGAUGAGAACAAAAGUAGGUUAUGCCAGGCAAGCGCUGUUCUCACAGUAGGGUUAUGGGCUAGUGCUGCGUGAUUGAACCUCCUCUGUUGCUCUUGGUUGGUACUGAUGACUGUCUCAGAACUUAACAUGUUACCUCACCUUCCAGAAGGGUUCAUGGAACGUUAGAAAGUGUUUUUAUGCAAUGUAUUCAUCUGGAUUUUGCACCUUUUUGCUCAAUAGUGUUAAUUAUGAGGUAUGCUGUUAAGUAUUUUCAUUUGAGAGGGUAAAAAAACUUCAGGGAAUUUUGUAAA